AUGACGCGCAUGGAGACCGACUAUGGUUUUUUCGCCUCCUCGAGAAUGGAUAAAGACCGAGUCCAAGAGUGGAGCUUUGUCAAGAACCUCAAGAAAGGCGUGACUGCAGUCGCCGUUCGCAAGGCCCGCGAGCGGGCUGGCCGAAUAUGUGAAGCUGCUAUCGGCCCUUAUGGCUUCCCUAUGAGCAAAGUGUCGAGAUCAAAUGAUCGCCACAUUGCACGUGGCAAGAACAAUGAGCGAACGCCGAUUAGCACGCCAGAUGUUCUCGUACAGCCUUCUGCUGAUGCAAAGACUCCUGCUGACGUUCGAGCUGUAGCCGACUUAAGUACUCCAGCAGAGGCUAGAAUUUCAGGGCAAGUCUGGACUCCCUCUUACACAGCACAUCACAGUGAGGAAUCGGAGUCCAGCCGGCUUUGGACUGGUUGUCACGAAACGUCCUUGAAUGAGAUCCACAAGUUGAAGCUAGACGCUGCACGUUUGGAUGCCGAGGGAAGACAUCCAGAGGCUAAAAACAAGUUCCAAGACGCUCUGUCCGGUUUCCGCCAUCUCCUAAGUCUGACACAUGACUACACGGUCAAAACUGCAUACCAGCUAGCAGCAUUCUACGCAAAUAACGGCCGCAUGAGCAACGCAGAUGAGGUUCUGAAAUGGGUUGUUUAA